GCGCAUGCGCCGUGCGGCCAGAGGGGCGGGAACGCGACCGCGACCUGGUGGGGUGAGCAGAGGAGAGGAGAGAAGAGGAGGAGCGAGAGGUCCCAGCCCGCCUCCUUCCCGCGGCGCUCGCUGCUGGCGAGGCCUGCCUUGGUCGUGGUUCGCCGGCCGGCGGGCGGGCCCUGGGGGUAUCGCGGAGCCAUGGCGCAGCGGAGGGCGGCGGAGCGCGGGCCUUGCCAAGCGGCGGCGGCAGCAGCGGCAGCGGAGAGCGCCAAGCACCAGCGGCAGCUUCUAGAAGGGAAAGCUCAGGCAGAAGGUGGAUCAGCUCGGACAUCGCUGCUUAUAUUAGUAUCCAUCUUCUCAUCGGCUGCUUUCCUUAUGUUCCUGGUAUAUAAAAAUUUCCCACAACUUAGUGAAGAAGAAAGAGAAUGUAUAAAGGUUCCUAGAGACAUGGACGAUGCAAAGGCUUUGGGAAAAGUCCUGUCCAAGUAUAAGGACACAUUUUAUGUUCAAGUGUUAGUUGCUUAUUUUGCCACAUAUGUUUUCUUGCAAACGUUUGCUAUUCCUGGGUCUAUAUUUCUCAGCAUCCUGUCAGGGUUUCUUUAUCCCUUUCCAUUGGCCUUAUUUCUUGUUUGUCUGUGCUCUGGACUUGGAGCUUCAUUUUGCUAUAUGCUUUCAUACCUAGUGGGACGUCCUGUUGUAUACAGAUAUUUAACAGAAAAAGCAGUAAAAUGGUCAGAACAGGUUGAACGACACAGAGAACACCUCAUUAACUACAUAAUAUUUUUGAGAAUAACACCUUUUCUUCCCAAUUGGUUUAUCAAUAUAACAUCUCCUGUAAUUAAUGUGCCACUGAAAGUAUUUUUCAUUGGCACUUUUCUAGGUGUGGCACCACCAUCUUUUGUAGCCAUUAAGGCAGGAACAACGCUGUACCAACUUACAACAGCAGGGGAAGCUGUUUCCUGGAACUCAGUUUUUGUUCUCAUGAUUCUAGCCAUCCUCUCCAUCCUACCCGCUGUCUUCCAGAAGAAACUGAAACAGAAGUUUGAAUAAGGAUCAAACUGGACCAGAAUUUCCCAUACUUCAUCUCAGGAUCAGCACUUCUGAUAUUUGUAUAUUUGCUUUUCUAUUGGAUCUUAAGCAAUUAAGGAGGAGGCUUGUAAUUGAUAAGAAUGUCUUUAAACGAACACAUGGCCCAAAUUUGAAGGAACUGUGUUCAGAAAUGUACUGCAUAUAGUUUUGUAACCAAACCAUCAGUGUUUUACUUUGGAGGGGGUGUGUAUGGCCCUCAGGAUGAGGGACGUGUAAACACAGAUGUAACAUUUUGCUCUGAUUAUAUGCAGAGCAAAAAAUGUAGUGUAGACAUAAACUACAGAUGAUGCUUUCUGAAACUUGCAGGAAACCUUAAUUAUUCAGUCCAAUUUUGUAAUAUUCUCUGUAGGCUUGCAUGUGAUCUGGUCUGAGUACAUUUCUCAUCAACAAUAUUUCUGGGUUUUUUUUGCCUUUGGGAGUUCCAAAAUAAUAACAAUAUAAUAACGGUGCUCACUCAGAAACAAAGGGGUUUUGCAGUACUUUAACUACAAUGAUCUUCUCAUCCUGAUUGUUUACUUCUGCUUAUUAGCGCUGUGUGGAUUUAAAUACUUGAACCUACAUCUGCUUUACUAACUGGAUUAACAAAGGCAAAGUGUCACAUCAUUCCCUCUUGUCCUCUGUAAAGUUUUAUUCUGGGAAAGAUAUGGAAGGGGAGAGAGCAGGUUAGAAUUUUGAUCGUGGCUGGUUGAUGAUUUUGACUUUCUAAUUUUUAUUUUUUUAAUGUUGAUUAUUUUGCCAAUAUUUCACUUGCUUAGAUUUAUCCUGCCAAUUUAAGAAAAGGAUUGUAUGAUUAUAUAAAACUUUCAGUUCUUGAAAGAUUUAAAAAUGUUUAAGCAAUGGCUGUGGUUUAGCCCUAGCCAGUAACUCAGCACCACGCAGCUGCUUGCUCAUCCUCCCUUCCCCCUCCUUCCCUCCCCAGGGCAGGAUGGGGAGGAGAAUCAAAAGAAUGUAAACCCUACGGGUUGAGAUAAGAACAGUCCAGUAACUAAAAAAAAAGGUAAAAUAUAGUGAUAAUAGAAUACCAACAAUAACAAUAAUUAUUUAUAAUAGGAAACAACAACAAAAAAAAAGAAAGCUCAGAAAACAUAAUUGCUCACCACCUGCUGACCAAUACCCAGCCCGACCCAAGCAACAAUCAGUCCCUUCUGGGUGACUCCCCCCAGUUUAUAUACUGGGCAUGACGUGCUGUGGUAUGGAAUACCCCUUUGGCUGGUUUGGGUCAGAUGUCCUGUCUCUGCUCCCUCCCAGCUUCUUGUGCCACUCCUCACUGGCAGAUCAUGGGAGACUGAAAAGUCCUUGACCAGGGUAAAGCACUGCUCAGCAACAACUCAACCAUUGGAGUGUUAUCAGCAUUAUGCUCAGACUAAAGCCAAAACACAGCACUGCCCCAGCUACUAGAAAGAAAUUUAAUUUAACAGCUGAAACCAGGACUGCAUCUGCCCCUUAUUCCAUACCAUUUAUAUCACGAUCAGGUUCCACAUUUUCCAAUAUACCUUUUUUUUUGUCUCUUUAUAUAUAUAUAUAUAUAUAUAUACACACACGUAUCAUUCCUUAGUCCAUGGACUGUCCCUGUAAAGUUUGCUGCGUUCAUUCAGUCCAUGAUGUCGGGCUUCAUCUGUUGUAACAGUCCUUCAGGGCAGGAGACCUGGUGUGUGGUGUUGGAUUGUUGCCUGCUGAUGUCACCACUGAGCUCGUCUGGUCUCAUCAAAGUUCAUGCGUUGUUGGGGUGAUGAUCUGAGGGAAGUCAGGUUCAGUUGAUGGUGACCUGAGGACAGUAGUGGGAGACUCCUGCUGCUGCCGCCAGCUUUUCCCAUGACUUUAUCCUCUGCCGAUGAUCAUGACAGUAUAUAUUUUCAGAGCCCAGAGUGGUGGAGAUGGGCAUCUAGCUGAUGGGCUAUAGAAGCGUUAUAUAGCAGGCAACAGCAUGUAAUUGAGUUCAUUGGAUGUUUUCCCCCAAAAUUAAAUCCCCUUGAGGUACACACCAGACUUCCCCAUGUUCCUGCAUCACCCACCAAAUAUAUCCCGGUCCUUGAGUGGGUUUGCUUUUACCUGAAGCAGGAAUAACCCAGACUGUCUUCCCCAGCAAAUUCUUCAUGUGCACCACAGCAACUUUAUCCCCCUCUACAGUACAUAGAAGUUCUGAUUGGGCUGCGUCAGCCCUGUUGGCGGAUCCCCUAGUGUUGACCAACCAGGUGGCUUUUGCUAAAUGUGUAUCCGAAUGUUUGGAUGUCCCACCACCCAUUGCUCUCAGUGUAAUUUUUAACAGCCCAUUGUACCAUUUGAUUUUCCCAGGGGCUGGUGCAUGAUAGGGGAUGUGAUAUAGUCAUGAUGUGCUGUGGUAUGGAAGAAUCUACUAGGAAGAAAAUUAACUGUAAAGCUGAAACCAGCACAGCAGUGUAAUAUUAAUUACCAUUUCUCAAGCAAUAUAUAAAGAGUAUAAAAUUUCUAUUGCAGGUUGAUUAGCUAGAAGAAAUGUCAGGUAGGCAAAUUGGUGCAAUUCUUACUAAAAAGCUGAUUCUAAAUAAUAUUCAAAGCAUCACGUAACAGAAAGCUUUUGUAUCAGUGUAUACAAAAUUGAAAGGAUCGUUCCAUUGUCUGGUAAGUCAGUAACUGGCAAGGGACUACCAGCUAUGAUUUACCUUUAAGUAGAAAGUAUGUACAUUCACUCAGUAAGGUAUAUGAUACCUCUCCUUGUAAUCUUAUAACUGUUGUAGCUUGUAUUGUCAGUGGAAUCCCAUAAAAUGAGGCCCUGAUCAGCAAGGAGCUGGGGUGUGCAUUUAAGUUUCAUCCUACUGAAACCAGUGCUGCUUAUAUGCUUUAAAUUGGUGCCCCUGAAGUAUCUUGCUGAAAUGGCAGUUGGCACAUUAGCAUAUACUCCAGUUCGAGGGUAUGUCUGCAUCUUCAUGUUAUCAUAUGAUAGAUCAUUGAGAACAGUUCCAUAAAUGUGAUAAUGUAAAAGGUACUGCUACCUUUAAAGGGUUUUGGGUUUUUUUUUGUAACAUAAUGUUAAUUGACUCCAUCGAUUCAUCACAGUAUUACAUGUAAAUAUUCAGUAAAUAUUAUUGCUACACUGUCUUUUGUUUAAAUUCAAGCUGCACAGUAAACGGUAUUUUUGACAUAGGUGGAUAAAGGAAUUCAUAUCACUACUGUUUGCAAGUUUAUCGUAAGACCAUUUAGCUUCAACAGUUGGUUUGUUAUUAGAUUUUACUCUAAAAGUGUACUUUAUUGGCAUUUAACACUGAGUAGUGAUUACUUCUAUUGCUGCAGUUUUAAUCUUAGAGGUUGCCUACCCAGGGGAUUUAUUCCAUAGUAAACUCUGGUGUGAAUUUAGCUGUUGUAAGCAAGUGUCCCCUGGACUGUGUGAAGCUGCUGUACAUUUACAGCCUACUUUUCUGCAUAGUUAAUUUUUCAUGCAGAUGAACUCUCAGAAUAAACUAUUUACUACUUAUUGCCCAGUGGCUUUUCUCAAAAUUUGCCUCAAUUUCUGGUCAAUUACAGAUGCUGUUGUAAAUUCCUUUCUAUGCUGUAUAAAGCCAAUGUUUGGUGGAACCAAGGUUCUAAAGACUAAGGAGGGAACACUAAACACUAAAGGAGGAACUGAACUAUUUCAAUUUAACGUGAAUCAUGCUAUUGCUUGACAUUUUCACUUGUAUUUCACUGUGUAGAUGGGAUCAGGCUAUGUCGCUGAAAAACCUUUUGUGUUUCAGCCAUGGACUGGGUUCCCAUCACAGUGGCUAAAAGCCUUAAGACCUUAAAAAGGUUGAAAAUAAGGUUCUUUCCUUUUGCAAAACCUUAGUGGGUUUUUUUUAACCUGUCCCUUCUGUGUUUAUCUUCAGCUGCCAAUGGCCCCAAGCGGUUUCCUACCCCACGAGGACUGAAGAUUGCGAGGAGUAAGGAAGGCCUUGUGGAAAAAGACAAAAAAGCACUGUGCUGUGGAAUACUCUACUAGCCUACACUUUUAGGGAAUCCAGUGAGUGAUCCAAGAGAUAGCUGUAACAUUUUGAUAGGAAAACAGUGACUACCAUGAAAUGAACUGGGACAGGCAGAUGUAGCUUUGCUUUUACUUGCAAGGAGUUUUGAGCUGUUAGGUGACCUGUCUAUCUUUUGGAAUGUUCUGUGAUACCUGCAUGACAUCAUUACUAAAUGUCUCUUGCCAUUUGAUAAUAAAGCUAUUACAUAAAACAUGGAACAUUGUAUUUUUUAGUACAGUGAAGCAUGCUAAACUUCACAUUAAGCUUAUCUUUUUUAUUGACCCGUUUAAAAGGGAUGAAUUCUUCUUAACUGGUGUUUUUAAUGACUGAUUAAAAAAUAAACUGAGCUGUUUACAUCUGUGGAUGAGAUUAAUUUUGUUUCUACCUUUAUUUCAGAAUACGUAGAUAAACUUGACUUUUCUGUCUGUAAUUUCCCACAACACUAAUUUUGAAAAGUUUUUUAUAUUUUGCACUGAAAGGCAUAAUUUGCUCUUUCUUACGAAUUCUUGAUGAAAGGCUCAUGUGCUGAAGUUAUAAUUCAUCCUCCCUUUAUAUUCUGUUAUGAUCAGUUUAUGAAAUUCUCUUUUUGUGCCUCGUAUAGAAAACUGAUGCUGAAAGCUUGCCAAAAGGUUAAGAAAACAGAAGUAAAAGUUAGAAGGUGUGAAGUCUUUCCUAAAAAGUUAGUGAAUUAUGCUAUUAUGCAAAGUCAAAGCACGGCUUUUGUUAGGUAACUCUGAAAGAUUUUCGUGUGUUGUUCCUGAGGCUAUUCAUCCUGUAUAGUUUCUGUGAUAACCUAGUUUUAUGACAGUAACUAAAAAGCAGUGUGGAUUGCUCUGCUUUGCAUUAGAACUGAUGUAUGCUUCCCACCUCAUAUCCUGCAGUUCUCUGGGAUUAAGCUGUCCUACCAGCAGAAUGGACUCAGCCAGGUAGCUGAUCCAGGAUUGAAAUACGCAGCAGUUACUGCAGGUACACUCUUACAAAUAUAUAGACUUACUGAAAUAGGAGCCUUUGUGAGAGUGUUGCUAUGGGAAUGAAAUUCAUACCUCCGGUGUUUUGCACUAGAAAUUUAUUAAAGGAACAAACCAGGAAAUGCA